AUGGAUGUCAAGUUAACAUUUCUACAUGGGUAUUUAGAGGACGAAAUUUAUGUUGAGCAACCCCCUGGUUAUGCCAAAAUUGGAGAAGAAAAUAAGGGAAAUUCAAACAUGAUGAUUGACGAAUUCAAAGAGAGUAUGAAGAAAGAAUUUGAGAUGACUGAUAUGGGUUUACUUCAUUACUUUCUUGGUAUUCAAGUUAAACAAGGUGAUAAUGAGAUUGCAAUUUCCCAAAAGAAGUAUGCAAAAGAUUUGUUGAUAAAGUUCAAAAUGGAGAAUGCUUAUUCUGCUAGUACUCCUAUGGAACUGGGUUUAAAGUUAAGCAAGCAUGAUGUUAGUGAAGCUUUUGAUGCCACCAUCUAUAGAAGUCUUGUUGGAACUUUAAUUAAUAGUGAUUGGGGAGGAAAUAUUGAUGAUUUCAAAAGUACUUCUGGAUAUGUAUUUAAUAUUGGUUCUGGAGCAGUUUCGUGGGCAUCAAAGAAGCAGGAUGUUGUAGCAUUGUCAACAAUGGAAGCUGAAUACAUUUCUUUGUCUGCAGCUAGUUGUCAAGCAUUUUGGCUUAGAAAGAUAUAUGUAAUUGUUCAAGUACAUGAAUGGUAUUGUAAAACAUCAAAAGCUAUUUUCCAGGAUUUGCACAAAGUUUCCCAUGUCGUUGAGAUGGGUCAAAUGGGCAGUGGCAUUCAAGAUGCUCUUAGUGCACCUGUGGGAAGGCACACUGUACCUCAAGUGUUCAUAGAUGGAAAACAGAUAUGGUAA